GUCGAUUUUCGAAGGCAUUUCAUUGUGUUAACCAUGCAACACUGUUAAGAAAACUCGAAAUAUAUGAAUAUAAAUACCAAACGCAAACAUCGCUCAUCCAGAACACACACAACCAACAAUGAAAUUCCUCGUAUUUGCACUUGGCCUUUUGGUGGCCUCCGCUGCCGCUAAACCCGCCAACCCCCACGUCGCCGUCACCCAAGACACCGCCGGAAACUACAAUCUCGCCCUCAACACCGCCCAACACUCCAGAACCGAGCAAGCAAACGCCGACGGAAGUCUUCGCGGAAGCUACACCUACACCGGCGCCGACGGCGUCCAACGAACGGUGGAAUACUCUUCUGGACCCGAAGGCUUCCAGGCCAACGGAGCGCACCUCCCGGUGCCACCCCAAGACACCGACGAGGUGGCCAAGGCGCGCGCUUUGCAUUUGGCUAGUUUAGCUGGGCAAUAAAAAAUUUGCGAAA